AUGGCAGCCCAGGAUAAUGAUACGUAUGGAACAUUGCCUGGCACAGAGCUCCCCAAUGUAUCACAAAACUGGACGCAUUUCAAAGGCCGGAUAUACGACAAGUCCUUGGAAGGAUGCCACCCUUCAAGAUGGAUAUUCGAACUUCUGAACAACAAAUUCACAACAUGCGACAUCUUCCAACGAGCACAACAAGCCGAGCUGGACGUUCCUUAUCCAUGGCAAGAUCACGCCCAUCGACUGAUCAUAAAUGGCAACCAGAGCUACUUCACCUCCGAAACACGCAUCCUGUCAUCAGUGUGUAUUGAUUGCCAUUUCCAUUUUGUCUUCAAACUGUCUUGGCAGAAGGAUCACAUAGACGAGCUCUGCAAUCCUCGCCAAUCACAAUGGCCUCCAAGAGAUGGCAGAUUCCCCUGGCAUCAUCUGGCAUGGGCUGGCUCAGAAACCGCAAUGGAUUUUCGCCCUGAACGACACAAAUACAACCCUCUUGUUGCGCGCGAGAAUUUUGCUUGCUCGGCAGCCCCGUGCACAUUCCAAGUCACCCUUGAUAUCUCGAAGCCUCGCAUGCCUUUGUGGUGGAUCAACCUGUUGCUCGACGCUGAUACGAUCCGUGAAGAGUUGCGCAUCGCCAAGGAGAAUGACCCGGAACGAUACAUGGCGGCGACUGAUGAUUGGGCGAUGCAAGCCCCUCUGAAUCUCAACACCUACCUCAAGAACUUGAUAGAGGCAACGUCUCAGGAAGGUGCUAGAAGUAUUUCAAAGCGUAACAAGCGAUUCGCUGUCCUGUUCGGUCCCCGUUGCUUUAGGAUAUUUCGAGAGCUCGAGUUCGAGGAAACAGUCGACAUUAGGGAAGAUGAUGUGGAUGAAGGAGCGUUUAAGCCUGUGGUCCCCCCUCCACCUGACGCACCUUCCGGUUCUACCCGGAUAGGAACAUAUCGCGGAUACAUCGAGGACGUUAGAGCUGAAGUGCAGUGCUUGAUUCACAAACGGGGCGAACCUGCAGAGCUCUGCACUCCCAGCCUACACGCCUACCUAGGUUGCUCAGAGGUCCCGGAUGUCAGCUCCAAUGUAUUUGUCCUCAUCGCCCGUUACAAGUUGAUGGGUGUUUUACCAAACCAACCCAAGGAAAUUGUGGACAAUGCUUACAGAAGACAAUGGGAUUUGUUGCCGCCUCACAGAAGAAGAGAUCUGAUAGACGCUCUCGGGCAAAUUGCGAACGACCUAAAUGACGAGGACUUCAGCCACUACGCCAUCAUGCAAUCCUCAGUUUACGAAAGUCAGGCUCCAGCACAAACCAAUGAUGAGGAUACGGAAUUGACAAACCAAGCGUUGCUUUUCUUCGGACUGCAACCACCAAAUAACCAUGAUCCUGAAUCAAUAGUGCUGGCGUUUCGGCGCAAGGUGUCACAAGAUCCCAGUGAUGCUGCUUCUGCACGAAAUAUGUUGAUGUUGAUUUCCAAUGCGGCCAAUGACGAGGCCUACAAGAACCUUUUAAUGGCAGAGUUCGUUGAAGGAUUUUCCCUAACGACCGCCAAAGAGAUUCUCGGGUUGAGCGAUGCAAGCUUCGACUCUGAUACUCUCGACAGCAUCAAGAACAAGAUUCAAAAUGCCAAGGACAAGGAUGCAAAGACAACCUACCUGGACGCAAUGGAAAGAAUUGCCGAGUAUACCAAUUCUACAGAUCUUAAAGGUAUCGUUGCCGAGUUGCGACAACAAAACGACAUUUCAGCCUCUACUGGUGUAGUCACUUCCAGUAGUUCAGACCAAGCUGCCGACUAUGAUCUUCCGGUUGGACUAGAGAAUAUUGGAAACACAUGUUACUUGAACAGCCUUUUGCAAUACCUCUUUACUGUCAAGCCAGUACGAGACAUCGCUGUCAAUUAUAAUGAGUUCAAGCUGGAGUUGACUGAUGACAUGAUCGAGGGCCGACUGCUUGGUGGCAACAAGAUGCGUAUGAAGCGAGAAGUUGCCCAAGAGCUCUCAGAGCUGUUCAACAAGCUUGAAACCUCAAACACCAGAGCAACGAAACCCUCACAGAGAUUAGCCAAUGCCGUCCUUCUCGACACUGACACCCUUGUCAAAGCUGCCAACACUUCCGCUGAAACGGGCGUCGCAAACCAACCGCCACCGCUCCCCACACGGCCACCCCCAGGUCCCCCAGCUAAGGACUUGGAUGAUGUGGAAAUGUCUAAUGUGACCGUCAAAAACGACCCAGACCCGGCUGAUGCAGCUAGUACUGCCAGUUCGCAGACACUUGUCGAGGAUUCUGAUCGUUCCUAUGACAAAGUCGAAGCCUUGCCUACCACCAACGAUGAUCAAAUUACUGAUACCGUUAUGGAAGUCGGUCAAGAUGACGAUGAUGUCGUUGAAGUCAGCCGACCAAACCACCAAGCCGGUGGGGUUAUCGAAGUUUCCGAAAAGGAGAAUAAUGGUGCUUCUCCUGAUACCAAUAUGAUAGAUGUUGAGGAUCCCCAAACAAUUGACCAGAAGGUUCUGACAGCCCUGGAGCACCAGGAGAGAUCCUCUGGUACAGAUCAGCAGGAUGUUGAGGAAGUUAUGGGCAAUAUCAUCAGUCGCCUCCAAGCCGCCAUACGACCAUCCUUUAUCAACGACGUUACAGGGAUCCAAAUGGAACCUAUUAUGGAAACCUUCUUCGUUACAACGAUCAAUUACACCAAAAAGUUUGACGAGAGCGUUUAUCAGAAGGAAAUCAGUUUCGACCGGUUUAUCACAGCUUUUCCUUCUCCACAGGGAGGAACAUGCUCACUGUAUGAUGCACUCGGUCGUAACUUUGAUCAGCAGGCUAUAGAGGGAAGCCAGCAGUCACGAUAUACAGCUAUCAAGACACUGCCGCCUGUCCUGCACGUUCUGAUCCAGCGCUCACAAUCCGUGAAUGGCAAGAACGAUAAUCCGGUUGAGAUUCCCGAGACGCUGUACCUUGACCGGUAUAUGGACGCCCCCCAUGACUCGGCAACGUUCCGAGACCGAGAAAAAAGCUGGGCGACUGCUAAUCGCAUAUCUGAGAUCGUGGCUUCCUUGGCUGCCGCAGGAAGCACUGGUCCAACUGGUCCCUUCCUGGAGUCAUUUCUGCAAGAAGGAAAAGCAGAUGACAGUAAUACAACUACCACAGACGAUGCUACGAUGGCAGAUAGUGAGGAGGCUGGGGAAGAGUCCUGGGACUUUGAUGGCCCAGUAGAUGAUGACUUCCUGGUGGUCAAUCGGCCCAGUAAACCCGCAGCUUCUGCAGUUGAGCAGCCCGAGAUGCCGCAGAGUAUCAAAACAACCGAAUCUGCCAUUCGAGAGAGAAUGGAAUCGGAGCUGAGAGAGACAACAGAGGACCUCGAGAAGUACUAUGCCGGGCUCAAGAACAAUCCUUACCGCCUCCAUGCUGUCAUUUGUCACAGAGGUAGUCUCAGGUCUGGGCACUACUGGGUGUGGAUUUAUGACUUUGCACAAAAUGUAUGGCGCAAAUACAACGACUCGAACGUUGAGGUCAAAACAAGUACGGGCGAAGUUCUGAGAACAUUAAGCUCCAGUGGCGAGCCUUACUUCCUUUGCUACGUCCGUGAUGAGGACAAGGAGGCGUACGUUGAUGUACCGCGACGUCGAAGACCGAGACCGUUACCAUCUUCAGACGACGAGUUGCAGCCUAAAGAUGCCGAUGGAGACACAGAGGUGAUCAAUAGCGACUAG